AUGGCGAACGAAGCUCCAAUAGUUCUCGAUGGCGGCACAGGCUUUCUCAAAGUCGGCUAUGCCGCCCAGAAUUUCCCCGAGUUCCAAUACCCAUCCAUCGUCGGCCGGCCCAUCCUGCGUACCGAGGAGCAAGGAGGCAGCGAUAUGGUUAUCAAGGAUAUCAUGUGUGGUGACGAGGCUGCUGCCGCCCGCACCAUGCUGCAAGUUUCGUACCCAAUGGAGAACGGUAUCGUGAAGAAGUGGGACGACAUGCAGCAUCUCUGGGAUUACACCUUUUACGAAAAAAUGAAGGUUGAUACCCGGGGCCGCAAGAUCCUGCUCACCGAACCACCGCUCAACCCGCUGAGGAACAGGGAGCAGAUGUGCCAGGUCAUGUUUGAGCGCUACGAGUUUGGGGGGGUGUAUGUGGCUAUUCAAGCUGUUCUGGCGCUUUAUGCUCAGGGUCUCAGCUCCGGUGUUGUUGUUGAUUCCGGCGAUGGCGUUACGCAUAUUGUUCCCGUCUACGAGUCCGUCGUCCUCAACCAUCUCACGCGCCGCCUCGAUGUUGCAGGUCGCGACGUUACCCGCAACCUGAUUGCGCUGCUGACGCGCCGAGGCUAUGCCCUCAACCGUACCGCCGAUUUCGAAACGGUCCGCCAGAUGAAGGAGAAGCUCUGCUAUGUCUCUUAUGACCUCGAGCUGGAUAAGCGAUUAAGCGAAGACACGACGGUGUUGGUUGAAAGCUACACACUCCCUGACGGCCGUGUGAUCCGUGUUGGAUCCGAGAGAUUCGAAGCCCCCGAGUGUCUGUUCCAGCCCCAUCUCGUCGACUGCGACCAGCCGGGUAUCGCCGAAUUCCUGUUCAACACCAUCCAAGCCGCCGAUGUGGAUGUCCGAUCCUCCCUCUUCAAGGCUAUUGUAUUGUCGGGUGGCAGCAGCAUGUACCCUGGUCUUCCUUCACGCCUUGAGAAGGAGUUGAAGCAGCUUUGGCUCACAAGAGUGUUGCAAGGGAACCCGGAACGGUUGAACAAGUUCAAGGUCAGAAUAGAAGACCCGCCGCGGAGAAGGCACAUGGUUUUCUUGGGUGGUGCUGUGUUGGCCAACAUUAUGGCCGACAAGGACAGCAUGUGGAUUUCCAAGCAGGAGUGGGAGGAGCAAGGCACGAGAAUCCUGGAGAAGCUCGGGCCGAGAUAA